AUGUACUUCAAUGGGAAUGAGGAUAAAUUGCUGUCGCCUCUUCACAGUGCUGCGCCUCUUUCUUCACAACAUCCAAGCAUCACAGAAAACGACAUUCUGAGAUAUCACGAGCUUUUGCAAACGAUUUUGAUUGAUAAAUCAAGUCCUAUGGAUGCCAACAGCUCCUUCAACAUUCAGUCCUUGGAGGUAAACUCGGGAAGAACAGUCGGUGGGAUUCCUGGAAGGGAGAUACAUUCACUGGAAUCGGCUUUUGCAACAAACAGUCUCCCCGUCGAUUUCGAUUUCGCCUCUAUCAAAGUGAUUCCCACAUUUCGCAAAUCCGAACCGGAACUUCGAGAUAUUGUGUCUCGUUUAUUGUGUCCUCCACCAAAUGCUUUCGUCUAUAGUGUCCUGUCAAUAAAUUGGGUGGUGGGAGUGAUCGGAUACAACAACUUUGAGUACAGGAGAGAGGAUGCUCGAUUCAUACUAAAGCAAGACUCAUCAAUCAGGAAGUAUGGUCGGGAAUUGGGUAUUCCGGCUUCAUACCAUGAAUGGUUAUGUGGUGACAGUCCAGACCAAAGUGCUACGGAGCAGGGAAUGAUAUUGGUAGCCGAGUUUUUCGAGACAGAACUAUGA